CCCCAUAGAUGCUUCCCCCCGCAUACCCCUACUCCGCCCACAACAACAACCACUACAUAAUACAUGCCCCACAUGCCAUCCAUAGCUCCCAAACACAACCACACUUCACAUACUUCGCCCUUAAAUCCGGCCCAGCCAUCUCCCACCGCUCGCUAUCCACCCCUCCCACGCAACCAGCCCAGCACAUCAAAAUCCGCAACUCGUCCACGGACAAAGGCUUCAAAUCAACGCAGCAUCUUUUCUGACUCCGACUCUGAACUAUCACCUCCGUCCUCGGAAGAAGAUGAUAACGAAGCAGAAGCUGAAGAGAACGAACAGUACGAAGAGGUUGUCACUCCCCGAAAAGGCCAACAUAAAGGCCGUGUAGCACAAAAUAAUGUUGCAAACGUAGAAAAAAGUGGGCAGAAGAAGACUGCAUCACAGAACAAAAAGGGAAAGAAGGUCGUUGGCAAGAAGAAGAGUCACUCAGUCGAGGUCGUAACCAAAACUACGACUACUGGUCCUGCAGGAAGAGAAAAAAAGAGAUCUAUCAAGUUGGAGGAUGCGGAAAGAAGAAGAGCGAGAGACGCGAAGUUUGAUGUGGAUGACGAUUUUGGAAAUACUACCCCCACGCCGGCCCUCAACCACGGCCGCACGGUUCCUCCUGAAGAUUCGACAUCGUCUUACGGUGAUGAUGAAUCCGAUAGGGGCGAAUUGACAGAAGAUGAUCAGUUAUUAGCCGGCAUUCCUGAAGCUUUCUUAGGACAGGAGGUGGAAGAUUUGGCAUAUGGUGCCGGAGACAUGGACACUGAAAUGAUGACGUUCUGGGAUGACGAGACAGACGAGGAGGAAGAAGAAAUGUUCAUCAACCAUCUUUCCGGAUCCGAAGUCGAUCGCCUGUCGCAGUCUUCUGUGUCUGUCGACUCUGAUCAGUCGACUUCCGAAUCCGAAUCCGACUCUGAAGAGGUCCUCGACGAGUUUGGCUUUCCCAUACCUUCCUGUUCACACUUUCCCAUCGAUGACACUGAAAGCGGCGAGGACCCAGGUCUCAUUCUCAUGGAAAAUUGGGACGGCCAGUUUGUCCUGGUUCAACCCCGUCUGGAGAGGAGUAGAUCUCGGCACCGCAAUGACCGUGGUUCCCGUACCGGCGGAUCCGUCAACGGCAGCACCACGUCAGCCAACGACCAAGCCCUCCUCAUAGACCCCGACGCCGCCGAUCAUGAGUUUUCUAGCGACGACUCUUAUUGGAGCGGCAUGUCGGACGAAGAUGACGAUGGUGGCGACACAACAGAUUCAAUGGCAGAGGAAGACAUGCCAGUGCUGGACAGUCCCGCUUUGAACGGAAUGAUGGAGCACCAGAUGGCAGAAGCUGUCUUAAGAAUGGUAGUAGAUGGGGACAUUCCCGUCGUUCUCCCAGAAGCUGCCAACACCAACAUGGCCUCGGCUGUACAGCCAUCUAUAGUCGUCACAGAGGUCGAGGAUUCCACUCCUGCAUUAUCCACCACCUCUUCAGCGCCACCCACAAAUACUUUGCCAGAUACCCCCGCUCCUCUUCCCACUCCAUCUUCCUCGACCGACUCUACCGCUCCUCCUCCUCCCCAGGGUCCUGUCAUGGGCACAUUCAUUCCUGUGACAGGCGAUCCCGCUCAACACGCUGUCAUUGACGGUUCAGGCAUGACCACCAAAUCGCCAUUUACUCAUCGUAGAAGAUCGAGAAGAAAUAGGGAUGCCGCGAGCUUGUCGUCGUCUAAAGAAGACAAAGAGCGAAGACGACGCUCAUCUGCCAAUGAUCCCUUUUCCCCCACCUUUUCACCCUCUGCCAACGCUCUCUCUGCCAAAUCAAAGAGGCUUCGGUAUUCUUCCAUUCCUGGUCACCCUCGCUAUGUCGCAGCUCGUCGAGCCGCCGAAGCUGUUGCCAUGGCAGAGGAAGAUCGUGCGACCACAACUUCGGAAGAUGAGGCUGCUGAUGGCGCCGUAGGUGGGUUUGAGCUGGAAGACAUGCUGGAGGAAGCUGUUUUGCUCGAUCCCUCUGCGGAAGGGCAAGAAGAGAUGGAUGGUGAAGGAUUGAGGCAUAUGCUUCGUUUCGACCGUGUGGGAGUCUCGACUUACCUUCGACGAAACUUUGGCGCGCCUAACCCCGUUGCGACCUUGGCACCACCUGGCAGAGGAAAACCACCUCCAUACAACUACAAUUAUACAGUUGGCGGGUACCCGUCGCCUGGGAACACGAGAUUGGAUGAUACGCUUGCGGGGCCAAUAGGAGGAAGAAUGCUGGUGUCGCCUGUGUUAACUGCGAUGGAGGAGGUCGAGGGGACAGCUCAGGCCAGGAAGGAGAAGAAGAAGAGGCGGAAAGCGCAGUAUGCAGCGACGACAGUCCCAGAGCUGAUUAUUUGAGGAAGAUCAGAUCUGCAGAAGAGAAAAUCAGAUCUACAGUGAUCCCAUCCAUCUCCAUUUCCUUUAUCGAAGUGGAAAUCUUUCCAUCUACUUUUAUUACUGCACCAAUCGCAAUUUUCACGAUAUCAAAUCUCAUUUUUUUUUUCAGCAUAGUCCCCAUAUCACGUUAUUACUAUGUUUAUUUAUUCCUUCACUGGCAUAUAUUUUGGUCAAAAAUUGUUACUGUUUCUUUAUCUUUGGUUCAGAAAGGCGAAAAAGAAUAUGUUUGUUAUGUUUAUGUCGUAUGCAACAGGUAAAAC